UUAAAGGAUUGCAUUGACCAGUUUGUCUUGUUGUAUGUUGCACUUUGGUGCGAAUUAAAGUACCAUAUUGGGAAUUGGUAAAGUUUCAUGUUUAGUACAACGUACUCUCGAAAAAACCAAGUCAUUUCUUUUCCAUUCAGUUCUUGCAUGAUAGUCAAUGUGCAAUUUUAUGCAUUUGCAACUUUGAGCAAAUAAAGUGCAUCGUUUAUUAUUACUAUUUUGCAAUCUUUUCUACUGACUUUUAGAGUUCAAAGUAUUAUUAGGUGACAAGUGAACAUGUAGCGUCGUGGGAGUGGGUUAAGUUAAAGCGAUUUUUUUUAGAUUGGUUUGCAAUGAUCUCUGACAUUGGUGAAGUGAAAAUUUUUGCGUGGAUUUUUGUAACAGAUUGGGUAAUUUGUGAUCUUGUGUAAAAAAUUAAAUAGUUUCAUUAAAUAAAAUAACGAACAAUAAUAAUGGGGCGCUACAUUGGAUUGAUAUUUGCCGUCCAAUUGCUCGUAUCCGUGAAUUCUCAAGGAUAUGGAAACAUUGAGGAUGAUUCAGCAGCUCCAAGUGGAAACAAUCAGCAACAGCAAUUGAUUUCCUCCCUUCCUCAGUAUGAUCCUGACCCUGAAGGGUAUGCCCAAGCUCCAGCUGCGUCUCGUCCACCGGCAGCACCUUUAGAAGCCCCUGCCCCUCCGCAAGAUAAUAAUCUUCAACAUCAAGGUUCACCUUCCGCAGACCAAGGUCAAUCUCAAGAUUAUUGGUGGAUGAAUCAAAAUGCAUUCCAAAAACCGGCAGGUCAUCCCGGCGUAGAGCCAAGUGACAAUUCCGCUGCAGCCCCACAACAACCGCAAGCACCUGCGCGUCCUCCUCAGACGAAUCGAGCUCCAAAUUCUUACAAUGCACCAGCUCCAACUAAUAAUUUUCAAAAUCAACAAUCCAAACCUCAACAGCAACAAUUUAGACCACAGCAACAGCCACAAAGACCCCAGCAGCAACAAUUUCAACAACAACAACAACCUGCUGGAUCAGGGUGGACCGCUCCAUCCUCAAAUGUUCCUGUUCAGUCAAGUAGUGGAUUCAAUCCUUCUCCACCUUCAAACUCGCUGUCACAACCUGCCAACAAUUUCCCCCAAUCUUCCCCCGUUGUUGCGCCAGAGUGUCAACUUUUAAAUAAGGCAGAUUGUCACAAAAGAGCACCCCAACAAGCACCAUAUGAACCUGCAGAUCAAGGUUAUAAUUCCCCACCACAACCACCACAAAAUUACCGACCGCCUUCCCCUGCUCAACCACGACCUCAACCAACUCAAAGGCCACAACAACCUCAACAACCAUACGUUGCAGUCCAACCACCUCCAGGAUUUUACCAGCCUCCACCCCCACAACCGUAUGACACUCAACCACAACAAAAUGCUCCCAGCAAUCAAAACUACCAACCUCAAUAUCAGUCACCCCAAUCUCCUCAAUCGUCAUCAUUUCCACAAAGCGCACAAAGACCAGCGCAACCUUAUCGACCCCAAUCUCAACCCCAGCAACAACAAUAUAACAGACCUGCCCCACAACAGCAACCUCAACAACAAUACCAAAAUAACGGACAAUAUCAACAACCUAAUAACCAGUAUUAUCAAGCACAACAACAACAGCCAGCAGUAGGUCAACCUGUAAUUGGGCCGAUUGAUGACCAGGCUCCAUUCCCAGGAUGUCCAGCAGCAAUGCUGUGUGUGGAAGAUGAUAAGUGUAACCUUAUCGGAGUAAUUGAAGAUAACCUUCGACUUUCUUUGGCCGAUAAGGCUCACCGUGUGGCACUCAGCCAAUGUUCCGAACCCAGCACUGGGAUUCAUGGCGUCUGUUGCAGAGAUCCAGAUUAUAAGGAUCCCUGGCCAGAUAUGAAUGGUGGUGGGGGCAGUGGACAAUAUCAACCUCACCAUCACGAGGACAAGGGUCACCACAAUAAUGGUGGUCAAUCAAACAAUUUGCAACAACAGCAACAACAACAACCUCAAAGUAGCUUCAGAAACCCGUAUUCAGAAUUUGGAGACAGAGAGAAAAAAUCUGCAAAUCUGAAUGCAACCAGUUUGUCGAAAGUAUCACGACAUAAUCAAAAGGCAAAUAAUGCAAAUCAUGAGUUUCAUCCGUGCGAUGGGGAGGAAGUUUGCGUUAUUCAUUACCGAUGUCCAAAUAAAAAUGAGAACGGGCCUAGAAAGAAAUGCAAAGAGGACAUCUUCAAAAAUGCAUAUCACUGUUGCAAACUUCCGGAAUCGACGACAACUUCUACGACAACGACAUAUCGCCCAGUCAUCUUUACUAUCGCCACAAGUCGACCUCUCCCAAAACCCACGAACCAUAAUGCCCAUCAACAAAGUAGUAACAACAACAAAUUCCCCUCACCCCCCAGUCCAACUUUAGACUCAAUCUACAAAAACAACAAGUUUCUCACCGACACAUUUCCGCCCGAAGACGACUUUACCACACACUCGCCAAGCACAGAAUCUACUCUUAUUACCGGACUUGGGCUCCGUUUCCAUUCUCAUUUACACACAAAAUCAGCCAUUGAAGCCAACAAGCAUAAGCCAAAUCCAUACUUGGACACGAAGACGGAGAUUUUGCAGGAUGCUAUUGUAGACGAAGAGAAAGUCGAGGAGAAAGUGCCAUUACCCACUUUUAUUAAAACAUCUUCGGGUAAUAAUUUUUCGGAAAAUUCGUCAAAUUCGAUAAGUGAGCCUCAAAGUGCAUCUUCAAGUCUUCGCUUCAACUCUACUCCCUCAGUAGCUGUCAACCAAACGGAGAUAAUAAUAAUCUCAACAACAACUGAGUUACCAGAAAACUAUACGGAAGUUUACGAACCAGCUGCAAAUAGAACGAGAGAAAUUAUCCAAAAUUUUUGGAAUAUUGACAACCAUCUAAAUGUCACCGAGGCAGAGCUCAUAGUGAAAGCAGAUACUAAAGUGAAAGCCAGUAAUACUCAAAGAGUAAAAAUACCACCAAAGCCAAUUCCUUUAAAGGAAGAAUUAAUUUCCCAUCCACCUGCUGGCUACAUUUUCAAAGACUACGAGUUACACGUACCGGAGCACUUUCUUCCUGCAGGAUUCUUCCAACCACCAAAGUUCCAGUAUGGAGAAAGGCAGUACCCCAUCCCAGAAGAUUUUCCGCCUGAUAAUACCACCACCACCACGGCAUCCUCCACCGAUGAUGACAAUGCAACUACAAUCUUACCAAGUGAAGCAUCUGGACAAUAGGAUUUUUAAAUGUGUGAUAGAUUGAAGUAAAAUUGUGAGCUUUUUUGUAGUAGAAAAUUUUAUUAUUUUGUAUUAAAUCAACCGAGUCAUGUAUGAGCUAAUAAUGAAUCAAUGUUACAAAUAUGUAAUUUAUUUAGAAAAUGUAUCUUUUAUUUAUUGGUUUUAUAACGCUUUACUAUGCUCACUUUUUCUGAGCAUUUAUGUACAGUUAUUACAUGUUCAAAUAGUAAACCAGAAAAUUUACCUUGUUGAAAUGGCUAUAGAGACUAAUAAAGGAAAGUAUAUAUGGGA